GGCUGGGUGUGAGGGGGAGACGGAAAGGAGCAGCCAAAGGAGAGAGGAAGAGGAGGACCUCGGUGUCUAGUUUCAGGGUUUUUUUUUCCAUUAAAUAAACGUGACUCUACGGUGCUUCCUCUAGUCGCAUCUCCACCUCCGUCUCGGAUUAGCUGGUAAUUUUUUUGGUCGACACUUCGGGUUCGGGUCACGCAUCUCCGAGGCUAUGAGCCGUCCGAAGCCGCAUCGGUACGUCGCUGUCCAGGGUCCUGAGUGAGACGACGGACGACCACGAAGCCGCAAGUUGAAGAGCUCAGGAGCCAUGGAGUUGAGGGUGGGGAACAAGUACCGCCUUGGGAGGAAGAUAGGGAGUGGAUCCUUUGGAGAUAUUUAUCUCGGGUCAAACAUUGCUACAGGAGAGGAAGUAGCCAUUAAACUGGAAUGUGUGAAGACCAAACAUCCACAGCUCCACAUCGAGAGCAAAUUCUACAAAAUGAUGCAGGGUGGAGUGGGAAUCCCGUCUAUCAAGUGGUGUGGAGCGGAAGGCGACUACAACGUCAUGGUGAUGGAGCUGCUGGGUCCCAGUCUGGAGGACCUGUUCAACUUCUGCUCCCGCAAGUUCAGCCUGAAGACAGUCCUGCUGCUGGCAGACCAGAUGAUCAGCAGAAUCGAGUACAUCCACUCCAAGAACUUUAUCCACAGAGACGUGAAGCCCGAUAACUUCCUGAUGGGGCUCGGGAAGAAGGGAAACCUGGUCUACAUCAUCGACUUUGGCCUGGCCAAGAAAUACCGUGACGCCCGGACUCACCAGCACAUCCCUUACCGUGAGAAUAAAAACCUAACCGGCACCGCCCGCUACGCCUCCAUUAACACCCAUCUGGGCAUCGAGCAGUCGAGACGUGAUGAUCUGGAGUCUCUGGGCUAUGUUCUCAUGUACUUCAACCUGGGCUCUCUGCCAUGGCAAGGACUCAAGGCUGCCACCAAGCGGCAGAAGUAUGAACGUAUCAGUGAGAAGAAAAUGUCCACCCCUAUUGAGGUGCUGUGCAAAGGUUACCCAUCUGAGUUCUCCACGUAUCUGAACCUGUGUCGCUCCCUACGGUUUGAUGACAAGCCAGACUACUCUUAUCUAAGGCAGCUCUUCAGGAACCUUUUCCACCGACAAGGCUUCUCCUACGACUAUGUCUUUGACUGGAACAUGCUGAAGUUUGGGGCCAGCAGGACAACAGACGAUGGCGAAAGGGAGAGGAGAGAGGGGAAAGAUGGAGAGGAAAGACCAGGAGGAGGCCAAAGAGGAGCGGGAGGUCGAGCUUUGCCGCCGGGUCCAAACCCUUCUGCGGCCAACAGAGUGAGGAACGAGGCAGACGCUGCUCCUCCUAACCCAGCUACGCGUGGGGUCCAGCAGUCAGGUAAUCGCUCUCCUCAGGCUGGGAGAGCAGAGCGAGCUGAGCGAGAGAGGAAGGUGGCCAUGAGGCUUCAUCGCGGGGCCCCGGCUAAUGUCUCCUCCUCCGAUCUCACUGCACGCCUCGACCAAUCACGCAUCACCACAUCGCAGGUCAGUGUGCCAUUUGAACAUCUGGCAAAGUGAGUUCCUUCUCCCUGGCCUGCAGGUCAGUGGCAGCAGCUGCAGGGUAUCAAAUACCCCUUACUUUUCAAAUGGAUGAAUGAAAACAUGAGUGACUGCAGGAGGAGAAAGCAUUACAGGCCCUUAAAGGGGGAUCGAUCGUCCGUGUGUCUGUCAGUAUGCGGUGUGAGCAUGCCCAGUGUUAAAGCUUGCUGAGAUGAUGGAAAACCAGUGGGACAGACGAACUCUAGGCUGGAACCGUUUGAUACUGCUUUUCAGAGAGUGUUGCCGGACGGGCGUCGACUCGGUCAAUUCAGAGGCUCAACUCAACUCGCAUAAAAUAAACCAUCAAAGUGCACAAAAUGGACUAAGUCAGUUAUUUUCUGGUUUACACCUGUGAUAAAAUCAACAACUAUCAAUCUGCUAAUGUUUGCGAGCUACAUCUGCUGCUUGUGGUAUUCUUUAUUAUUAAUAGAUAUCUUAAAAAAAAAAAAAAAAAAGGAAACAUGGAGACAAAUGCAAAACAAAAGUGUAUCCAGGCCUACGAGAGGCGAGCCAGGCGAUUGCUUUAACGUGGACCACCGGGAGGAACAGAGGAAGGGGAUAAAUGGGAGCGAGGCUGCUUUUCGUCAGUAAACGUGUCUGUCUGUGUUAUUGUCCUAAUCGUUCGUUUUGCCUUCAGCUUUGCUUUAGAGAGCCAGAAGAAAGGAAAGCUAGUGGAGGGCAAGAGGGAGGCUGUAAAACCUGUUAGGAGUUCCUAUUUUUCAGCACAUUUGUUACAGUCUUACCUAAGGAAGACUGAAAACAUUACUGAAUGUGAAAAGCGCAAAAAGACUGCCACGAGCAGAGAUCGGGAUAUAACGUGGAUUGUAUGAUAUGAUGAAGCCUUAGUCCAGCUUGCAACUCCAGGCAUGAAGAGACUCGAGAAAGUUGUAAGAUCUUGGUGGUGAGCAAGUCUGGUGUUACAUUUGUAUUUUUCUUUACUUUUGCUUUUGUCCCAUUUUAUAUGACAUGUAAAAUGUGUACAUACUUUUGCCAGAAUGUGACAGAUUGUUUAAAGACGGAGCUGGAGAGAAGAGUACGUCCUGACACACCUGGGACAGAAAGUGAAACUUUACCGGAAACCUUUAGAGUCUGCCACGCGUUUGUUUUGGUUUGCACUGUGGCAGGCAAUGACAGAAAGGUUCUUGUUAUAAUAUAAAAUGUACUCAUCGGUAUUUUGACCCAGGCCUGUCAGGAUGGAUGGAGGUCUCUGAUUAGAGGAUGAUGACUGAUGUCCUGUACAUUUCUUUACCAUGCUUCAACUUUAUUAAUAUGAUAUUUGUGUAUAUUUUCUGAUUCAAUAAAAAAAUAUACACACCUUA